AUGGAACCGGCUGAUGAGCUUAUCAGCACUGUCGAGCGACGAGCAGCCUUUAGCACCAAACGAUUUCGCUCCUCUGUUGAUGAAUCUGUCCGUAAGAAUGAUCCUAAGCUCUGGAUUCGAGCUCGCAUGUUCAUUCGGAGCAUUACUCAACGCUACGUAAAUUCAAUAAAUUCAGUCCAUCUCAUUGAUGUUUUCGAAAUUGACCUUCACGAUCUAUGGUACCUUUUCGUCGAGACAGCCAAAAUUACGCCCGCCAAUGAAGCGGAAGCCGAUCGACUUGCCAAUCAAGUCAUAUACGCGCGUGAAUUGGGAGAAACAUCUCGAAUCGUUGUGCCGCCAGCAGGAGAGAGCAACGAAAGUCAGUCCGGAGAGCAGCAGAACGUUCAUGUCGAAUCUGCAAUCACCAGUACCUCGGCUCGGAUGUGGAUCGAUCUCCCCUUCUUGGUGACAGAUCUACGAGAUGCGUGGGCUACAUCGAUGAUGAAAAUGACCAUGGUUGAGCGCGAGAAUCUCGCUGGUUUUACCGCCCGACUCGCAGCUCUCGGUGUCUGUGAUUCUGAAUUGAUGUCGUGUGCACUUAUGCUAUUUCGAGAUGCUCUUGAGACACCACGACAGCUCCUUGAAAGCGAUGCAGCCUUGACAGCAGAUCAUGCCAAUAGAAUCCCGAUGUCCGAGUUUUUACCCGCAGUAUUAGCUUGGCUCUGGUAUGGCAGCUACAAGAUUCUAGGCCAUUGCGCUCGAAACGAGUUUUCCUCCAUAGAUGAUUCCGCCAAUGACAAUAGAGGGUGGGCCGAAGCUGGACAGCUAAUAAAAGCUAGUGGAGAACGGCAGCAGUCGGGUUCAACAUGCGACGAUGGCAAUUCUGGAAAGAUCGACUCGAAGAAAUUAGUCAAAAUACUGAAAGUGAAAUUGCUGCUGAGCAAGGAAGGAAAAGCGUCCAUAUCUUCGAGUCUUGGGAGCAGAUCACAGGAGGCAGACGCCAUGAUCGUGAGAUAG